GGCCAUGGUCGAACACUUGCAUGGCCGAACACUUGAGCAGAAGUUGGCGGCAGCACCAUCUUCAGAGCACUGUCGGACAUCUUUGCUGUGCCAUUCUCAAUCGACACUCACACUCCCAGCCCAGCAACCAUCAAUGCGCCAAAACCUUGAAGUCUGCCCCCCAAACAGCAUUACAAUGAUUGCCCUUGCCUUGGUAGGUCACCACCCACGGGUCUGCUGGGCCCGCUGAUGACGCGGCAGGCGCCCAUUUUCGCACAGCUUUCUCGCUUCUCUCUACACACAGCCGGGAAAUUCCGCAUGUCCCACAGCUCCUUGCACGCUUUGAAUUUACCUCCAAGUAUCAAUCUUCAACCCACCCAGGCUCCCCAGCCUCUGAAUCAUGAACCCCGGCGACGAGCAAGGCCGCGGCGCCGUCCACGCGGCGUUCACCGGCCCUCAGCAGUCCCAACAGCAGCAGCAGCAGCAGCAGUCUAUGAUGAUGGCUAUGGCUCCCGGCGCCCCGCUGAUGGCGACCACCACCACCACCACCACCACUCAGGGGUCCUCCAGCUACGCCGCCACUGCGGUGUCCACGGCGGUGGACCCGACCACGGGCCGGCCCUUCACCACCUACCGCAACAUGGCGGUGGGCGCGGUGUCCGACCCCGCGGGCGGCACCACCACAGUGGCCUACCAGUUCCAGCAGCAAACACCCAUGACGGGCGGUGCCAUGGACCCGGCAAUGGCCGCCACCGCCGCCGCCUACCCUUACGCCGCCCUCAAGGCUGGCGGCGGCGCCACCCUUCAGGACGUGGCGGCGGCGGGCGCGGGCGGCGGCGGCCAGGAUGACUACAAGGAGGAUGACUACGUGGGAGUUCGUGGGGGCGGCGUCCGGGCGUAUGAUCCCGAGGCCCCCAUGGCUGGCGAUGACGACAAUGAUGAUGAUGGAGGGGACGUGGACGCGGAUGACGACCUAAUCGAGGAUGACAAUGCUGCGGAGGCGGCCGGCCCGCUGCAGGACGUGUACGAGCCGGACGUGGUGGCGGACCGCGGCGGCUUCGCAUACGGCCAGGCCGCAGCAGCGCCCAGCUGGGGCGGCGCCAGCGACGUGUCCGCCAUGCUGGGAGGCACCUCAUCGCUGGCGGGUGGGGACUCGGUGGAGACCACAGGGCGUGGAGGCGGAGGUGGCCGGGCGUGAGCGUGAGUGUGUGUGAGCGUGCUGGAGGCUGUGGUGAUGUAGGAGGAUGUUUUGGGUUGUGUAAUGGAGAUGGGAGAGGGCGCAUGGGGUUUCAGAUGUUUUGGGAGCGGGUCUGAGCAUCUGAUGCACGAGGGCGGCCAGCAGUAUUGCAGUAGGGACGCACGCACGGACAGGGGUGUUCUCCGGGGGCUCGGCCCUAUCUCCCCCCUGAAUCGGUGUGCUUCGGGGACCCAGCCCAGAAAUCACAUUGUACCGGAUCCGCACAAGUUCGGCGAAAGCAUCGUGCCGGGAUUGUGUUAUUGCGGUGUGACUUGGAUGAUAUACAUAUAGAUUGACAGCUGAUGAAUUGACAGGAGGACUUGCAUAUGGUGCAAGACGCCGUGUCGACAUGCGCACAUUUAACAUCCA